CUCGAAGCUGUAUCGACGCUCUUUAUUAUGAUGUAGAACAUAAACCAUUGAACUGAUUGAAGGUGGAAAUUUCCAUGGAGCACAAAGCAAGUGGAAGUACAAGUGUCCGCGAAUAUGGUUCGAAACAUUUUCGAGACGAUGAAAUAACUUCUCAGAGUCCAAUGCAGUCUACAUCAUUAGCAAUUGUAAAGUUUUUGGUUGAAUAUUGUGCUGCUGACUUAAGUUGUAAAGAUGAGUUGGCCAGAACUGCUUUACAUCAUGCUGUUGAUGUUGGUGAAAAAGACAUUGUGAAAUAUUUUGUUGAACAAUGUGGCGCUGAUGUAAAUGACAAGGAUAAAAGAGGGAGGACAGCGCUGAACUAUGCUGUUACUGAAGGUUCGCUAGAAAUAGUAAAAUAUAUUGUUGAACAUGGCGCUGAUGUAAAUGACAAGGAUAAAAGAGGGUGGACAGCGCUGAACGAUGCUGUUACUAUAGGUGCUCUAGAAAUGGUAAAAUAUCUUGUUGAACAUGGCGCUGAUGUUAAUGACAAGGAUACAUACGGAUGGACAGUGCUUCACUAUGCUCUUAUUAAAGGUACGGUAGAAAUAGUGAAAUAUCUUGUUGAACAUGGCGCUGAUGUAAAUGGCAAGGAUACAUACGGAUGGACAGUGCUUCGCUAUGCUGUUACUAAAGGUACAAGUGAACGUAGCGUUCACACUCUUGGCAAUGACAUCCUGAAGAUGGCUGUUGUAAAAAAUUCAGUUGCUUUGGUCAAUCUUCUGUUGGAAAAGAUCAUCGCUGUGUGGAGAGCUGGAACAUUGUUGGUUGAAGGAAGACAAAUGAGUCUUCUUGAAUGGAGUAUUUACCUUGGUUAUGAUGAAAUUACAACUAUCCUCAAAAGAAAAUCAAUUCUUUUUUAA